GAGAAGAGGUGAUGCUAAAAAAUCAUGUACUUCUGCAGAUUUCCAAAGUUUCAUCUACUUCCUUUGCCUUCAGCCUGUGCAUCAGACCUCUUCUGUCUUUCAGGUUGACAACAGCUUCUAAGAUGUCCCAGCAACACACACUGCCAGUGACCCUCUCCCCUGCCCUCAGUCAGGAGCUCCUCAAGACUGUUCCUCCUCCAGUCAAUACCCAGCAGGAGCAAAUGAAGCAGCCAACUCCACUGCCUCCCCCAUGCCAGAAGGUGUCUGUCGAGCUCCCAGUGGAGGUCCCAUUAAAGCAAGAGGAAAAGCACGUGACUAUUGUAAAGGGAGUGCCUGAGCAAGAAUGUGAGCAGCAGCAGCAGGAGCCACAGAAGCAGGAGCUGCAGCAACAGCACUGGGAACAGCAUGAGGAACAUCAGAAAACAGAAAACCCAGAGCAGCAGCUUAAGCAGGAGAAAGCACAAAGGGAUCAGCAGCUAAAGGAACAGCUGGAAGAAGAGAAGAAGCUCGUAGACCAGCAACUGGAUCAAGAGAUAGUCAAGAGAGAUGAGCAACUGGGAACAAAGAAAGAGCGACUGUUGGAGCUCCCAGAGCAGCAGCAGGGGCACCUGAAACACCUGGAGCAGCAGGAGGGGCAGCUGGAGCUCCCAGAGCAGCAGGAGGGACAGCUGAAGCAUCUGGAGCAUGAGGAGGAGCAGCUGGAGGUUCCAGAGCAGCAGGUGGGGCAGUUGAAGCACCUGGAGCAGCAGGAGGAGCAGCUGGAGCAUCUGGAGCAGCAGAAGGGGCAGCUGGAGCAGCAGAAGGGGCAGCUGGAGCACCUGGAAGAGCAGGAGGAGCAGUCAAAGCACCUGGAGCAGCAGGAGGGGCAGCUGAAGCAUCUGGAGCACCAGGAGGUGCAGCUGGAGCUCCCAGAGCAGCAGGUGGGGCAGCUGAAGCACGUGGAGCAGCAGGUGGGACAGCUGAAGCACGUGGAGCAGCAGGAGGAGCAGCUGGAGCAUCUGGAGCAGCAGAAGGGGCAGCUGGAGCAGCAGAAGGGGCAGUUGGAGCACCUGGAAGAGCAGGAGGAGCAGCCAAAGCACUUGGAGCAGCAGGAGGGGCUGCUGAAGCACCUGGAGCAGCAGGAGGGGCAGCUGGAGCACCUGGAGCAGCAGGAGGAGCAGCUGAAGCACUUAGAGGAGCAGAAGGGGCAGUUGAAGCAUCUGGAGCAGGAGGGGCAACUGGAGCUCCCGGAGCAGCAAGAGGGGCAGCUAAAGCACCUGGAGAAGCAGGAGGCACAGCUGGAGCUCCCAGAGCAGCAGGUGGGACAGCCAAAGCACCUGGAGCAACAGGAAAAGCAGCUAGAGCACCCAGAGCAGCAGGAGGGACAACUAAAACAUCUGGAGGGGCAGCUGCAGCAGCCUAUAUUUGCCCCAGCUCCAGGCCAGAUCCAAGACAUCCAACCAGCCCUGCCCACAAAGGGAGAAGUAUUUCUUCCUGUAGAGCAGCAGCAGCAGCAGAAGCAGGAGGGGCAAUGGCCACUCAAACAUAAAUAACUACCUGCAGUCCAGAGGCCCUUAGAUCGUCUCCUACAAGGGAAGAGAGAGCCACUGGCCCCACUUAUUUCGGGUCCCCUAGGUGGCCCGUCUCAUCUGUGAACUUGACUCUGUCCCUCUACAUGUCUCUUUAAUGGGGUGGGGGUGGGAGAGAGGUGAUUAUUGUCCA